GGUUUUUUUUUUUGGCGGAGUGAUCUUAUCUAGAGAAUCCUAUAUAAGUGGCGGUCGCAACCGGUGGCGUAGUUAGAACUAGUCGCCUCUUGUUGCUCUUAUUCUGCUGUUUGCUUGGACCGGCUCAAGCUCUGCGAGAAAAUGCAGAUCUUUGUGAAGACCUUGACUGGCAAGACCAUCACCUUGGAGGUGGAGCCAAGUGACACCAUUGAGAAUGUCAAGGCCAAGAUUCAGGACAAAGAAGGCAUUCCCCCGGACCAACAGAGGCUGAUCUUUGCUGGCAAGCAGCUGGAAGAUGGCCGCACCCUCUCUGACUACAACAUCCAGAAGGAGUCUACCCUCCAUCUUGUGCUCCGCUUGAGAGGUGGGAUGCAAAUCUUUGUGAAGACCUUGACUGGCAAGACCAUCACCUUGGAGGUGGAGCCAAGUGACACCAUUGAGAAUGUCAAGGCCAAGAUUCAGGACAAAGAAGGCAUUCCCCCGGACCAACAGAGGCUGAUCUUUGCUGGCAAGCAGCUGGAAGAUGGCCGCACCCUCUCUGACUACAACAUCCAGAAGGAGUCUACCCUCCAUCUUGUGCUCCGCUUGAGAGGUGGGAUGCAAAUCUUUGUGAAGACCUUGACUGGCAAGACCAUCACCUUGGAGGUGGAGCCAAGUGACACCAUUGAGAAUGUCAAGGCCAAGAUUCAGGACAAAGAAGGCAUUCCCCCGGACCAACAGAGGCUGAUCUUUGCUGGCAAGCAGCUGGAAGAUGGCCGCACCCUCUCUGACUACAACAUCCAGAAGGAGUCUACCCUCCAUCUUGUGCUCCGCUUGAGAGGUGGGAUGCAAAUCUUUGUGAAGACCUUGACUGGCAAGACCAUCACCUUGGAGGUGGAGCCAAGUGACACCAUUGAGAAUGUCAAGGCCAAGAUUCAGGACAAAGAAGGCAUUCCCCCGGACCAACAGAGGUUGAUCUUUGCUGGCAAGCAGCUGGAAGAUGGCCGCACCCUCUCUGACUACAACAUCCAGAAGGAGUCUACCCUCCAUCUUGUGCUCCGCUUGAGAGGUGGGAUGCAAAUCUUUGUGAAGACCUUGACUGGCAAGACCAUCACCUUGGAGGUGGAGCCAAGUGACACCAUUGAGAAUGUCAAGGCCAAGAUUCAGGACAAAGAAGGCAUUCCCCCGGACCAACAGAGGCUGAUCUUUGCUGGCAAGCAGCUGGAAGAUGGCCGCACCCUCUCUGACUACAACAUCCAGAAGGAGUCUACCCUCCAUCUUGUGCUCCGCUUGAGAGGUGGGAUGCAAAUCUUUGUGAAGACCUUGACUGGCAAGACCAUCACCUUGGAGGUGGAGCCAAGUGACACCAUUGAGAAUGUCAAGGCCAAGAUUCAGGACAAAGAAGGCAUUCCCCCGGACCAACAGAGGUUGAUCUUUGCUGGCAAGCAGCUGGAAGAUGGCCGCACCCUCUCUGACUACAACAUCCAGAAGGAGUCUACCCUCCAUCUUGUGCUCCGCUUGAGAGGUGGGAUGCAAAUCUUUGUGAAGACCUUGACUGGCAAGACCAUCACCUUGGAGGUGGAGCCAAGUGACACCAUUGAGAAUGUCAAGGCCAAGAUUCAGGACAAAGAAGGCAUUCCGCCGGACCAACAGAGGCUGAUCUUUGCUGGCAAGCAGCUGGAAGAUGGCCGUACCCUCUCUGACUACAACAUCCAGAAGGAGUCUACCCUCCAUCUUGUGCUCCGCUUGAGAGGUGGGAUGCAAAUCUUUGUGAAGACCUUGACUGGCAAGACCAUCACCUUGGAGGUGGAGCCAAGUGACACCAUUGAGAAUGUCAAGGCCAAGAUUCAGGACAAAGAAGGCAUUCCCCCGGACCAACAGAGGCUGAUCUUUGCUGGCAAGCAGCUGGAAGAUGGCCGCACCCUCUCUGACUACAACAUCCAGAAGGAGUCUACCCUCCAUCUUGUGCUCCGCUUGAGAGGUGGGAUGCAAAUCUUUGUGAAGACCUUGACUGGCAAGACCAUCACCUUGGAGGUGGAGCCAAGUGACACCAUUGAGAAUGUCAAGGCCAAGAUUCAGGACAAAGAAGGCAUUCCCCCGGACCAACAGAGGUUGAUCUUUGCUGGCAAGCAGCUGGAAGAUGGCCGCACCCUCUCUGACUACAAUAUCCAGAAGGAGUCUACCCUCCAUCUUGUGCUCCGCUUGAGAGGUGGGAUGCAAAUCUUUGUGAAGACCUUGACUGGCAAGACCAUCACCUUGGAGGUGGAGCCAAGUGACACCAUUGAGAAUGUCAAGGCCAAGAUUCAGGACAAAGAAGGCAUUCCCCCGGACCAACAGAGGCUGAUCUUUGCUGGCAAGCAGCUGGAAGAUGGCCGCACCCUCUCUGACUACAACAUCCAGAAGGAGUCUACCCUCCAUCUUGUGCUCCGCUUGAGAGGUGGGAUGCAAAUCUUUGUGAAGACCUUGACUGGCAAGACCAUCACCUUGGAGGUGGAGCCAAGUGACACCAUUGAGAAUGUCAAGGCCAAGAUUCAGGACAAAGAAGGCAUUCCCCCGGACCAACAGAAGCUGAUCUUUGCUGGCAUGCAGCUGGAAGAUGGCCGUACCCUCUCCAGAAGGAGUCCGUCUUGCACCUGGUUCUACGUUUAAGGGGUGGUAUUUAAACUUGCUGGUUACUUACAACCACCAAAAUAAACUUCAGUGCACUUUGUUUUAAUAAAGCUGUUGCAUUCCCAAA